AUGCUGUUGAAGGCUGGUGCUGGCCCUGUUCUGGAGCCCGACUUGCUCUUCGAAAAGUACAAUACGACACCUCUAGGGGUAGCUGCCCGGUUAGGUAAUAUGAAGCUCUUUCUGAAGCUCUGGCAACAUGUCGGCUUUGAGAUAUCACAACUCGAUGGCUGCCUCAUUGAUACAGCAGUGUAUGGCCAACCCUCAGCAAUUGGAGUCCUGCUGGAUUUGUGUCGUGAGAACUGGCCCAUGAAGACUAAAGGUCUUGCUUUGAACAGAGCAGCCGAGAACUGGAAAGUCGACAAUAUUCGAUUUCUUCUGUCUCGAUGCUUCUUUGAUGAGGACAUGCUCGACUCUGCUUUGACUCAAGUGCCACCCAAGGUUUGUGUUAGAGACCCAACAGAAUCUGAACUCUCUGCACAGUCACAGCCAAUCAAACUGCUCAUGACCGCUGGGUCCGAUCCUAGUGCCUCCUUGCGCUAUCUCUCCCGGCCACUUCUUACACAAGCUGCUGCCCACAAGCAUCUCCACGAGUGUCUGGAAGCACUCCUUGACAACGGCGCGGACCCUAACGCAGUCGUGAAUCCCCAAGGACAAACUGCAUUGCAUUACCUAGCGGUUAAAGAGCAAAAAGAGGUGCAAUAUUGGCCAAAGGAGGCCUUAGCUCGGCCAGAAGAGGCCAGAGAGGCUGCUUUCAGAACAUUCUUCCGUUUCAACGCUUCGAUUCUUCAGCAAGAUGUAUUUGGAAACACUCCUUUUCACUUUGCAGCAUUUACAUCCGACCUGAAAGCCUUGCAACUUAUGCUCUCAAACUUACCUACCGAAUUGGAAAGAAAGGCCGCUUUGAUGUUACGGAAUCACCAAGGUGAGUCGCUGCUCCAUUUUUCAUCUAGUGGUGCUCAAAUUGAUAUCGUUGAAUACUUGCUAUCACAAGAGGUUGGUAUUUCUGUUGAUGAGGUUACCUUGAGGACAUGGACCCCGUUUCUGAGUGCACUGGCGCCUGUGUCAACAACCCUACGGCUUGUUAAGAUAAAGACAGCUCAGCUACUUGUCGAUCACGACGCCAAUCCAACUGUGAUCACACAUGGUGGCUGGACGGCGUUGCAUUGUCUUGCUUUAAAACAUGACCGCAAUGAAGACGCCUUUAUCGACACACUUGUGUCAGAUGGUGUGCUUGUCGAUAGCCGGGCGCGAUUCGCUUCCGACGGUUUCGAUCUCGAUCUACCAUGGAGGCGCCGUGACAUACGAGGCAUCUCAUAUGGCUGUUCGGAAUUGCGCUAUCUCGAAGACCCUAAGCUAUGGGGCAGAGUCUCUGAUCUCACACCAUUACACGUUGCCGCCCGUACUGGUGCGCUCACUGCUGCAAGAGCUUUGCUCAAGCAUGGAGCUGAUCCUACAGCUAUAGAUUCAGGGGGAAACUCCCCUGCUAAAUUGGCAGGUGAUUCGAAAUAUCACCGCUGUGCCCAUCCAAUUGAGAAUCGGGACAAGAUGAUUUCCCUACUAACAGAAGCAGGGGGGUCAUAUCAAGCAGUGUAA